AUGACUCAUGCUCAAGAAUGGAGAAGCUCCUCUCUGUUAACGGUGAUCUUGCUUUCUUCUCUACUCCACCCCUUCUGUGUGAAUUCUCGGAUAGGGGCAAUUCGGGUAUUUCCAGAAAAUCCGUCAACGGCGAUCUCUCCGGCUCCGGUUUAUGACCAAGAAGCUCUAAUGAAGAAGUACUUCGGCGCCGGAAAAUUUCCUCCGGUGGAUUCUUUAGUGGGGAAAGGGCUCAGUGACAGUAAAAGAACGGUGCCAAGUUGUCCAGAUCCUCUCCAUAACUAG